GUUCUCAACAAACCAUCUGUCAGAAAGGUCAGGCCGAUGAAAGCGUUUCAUGCGACUAUUGUCAGGAAUUGAGUCGCGCAAACUGUGGCAGCAGCUGUUUGUGGUUGGCGUCUUCAUAAAGAAGGACUUGUGAAAAUCUGAUGAUGUUCUGGUGAGGUCUGCCUGCCUGCCAGAGUCAGUCAGUCUUGCAUGGGUGGAAUAUGGCUGUCAUCACAGCUGCUCAGAGUGUCUGAGUCCUGAGGCCAUGUGACGUGUCACUGUUCUAUUUGUGAGCUGGACACCUGAAUGGUACAUUAUCUACUAUAGAUCUCUUGCUACACAGCCAGGAUGAUUCUGGCAACGUUAAAAGGCAUCGGGAAGCAGCUCCUGCGAGUGAAGGUUGUGGACUGUAACACGGAGGAGUCCCGCUUGUGUCGAUGCCUCAACACGUUUGACCUGGUGGCCCUGGGUGUUGGCAGCACGCUGGGUGCGGGCGUCUACGUGCUUGCUGGUGCUGUGGCCCGAAACAGCUCUGGACCUGCCAUCGUCCUCUCCUUCCUCAUUGCUGCCCUGGCUUCUGUCCUGGCUGGUCUGUGCUAUGCCGAGUUUGGAGCCCGCGUCCCCAAAACUGGCUCUGCGUACCUCUAUAGCUAUGUGACAGUCGGAGAACUGUGGGCCUUUAUCACAGGCUGGAACCUCAUCCUCUCUUAUGUCAUUGGAACGUCGAGUGUGGCCAGAGCAUGGAGUGCAACCUUUGAUGAGCUGAUUGGAGGGCACAUUGAGGAAUUCUGCAAACGACACAUGACCAUGAACGCCCCGGGUGUCUUGGCAGAAUAUCCAGACAUGUUUGCUGUCUUCAUCAUACUCACUCUGACAGGACUGCUUGUAUUUGGCGUGAAGGAAUCAGCCAUGGUAAAUAAAAUAUUCACCUGCAUCAAUGUACUGGUGCUGCUGUUUGUGAUCAUCUCUGGCUUGGUCAAAGGAAACCUAAAAAACUGGAACUUGAACCCUGAGGAAAUCCUCAAUGCCACGAACAACUCCAGCUUUAAUGCAUCGACUUCCAUGCCAUCAGAAGAAGCUCUUGGUGCAGGUGGUUUUAUGCCUUUUGGCUUUUCUGGAGUCCUCUCUGGUGCUGCCACCUGUUUUUAUGCCUUUGUAGGGUUUGACUGCAUUGCCACUACAGGAGAAGAAGUGAAGAAUCCCCAGAGGGCCAUUCCUAUUGGGAUUGUGGCCUCGCUCCUUAUCUGUUUUGUGGCAUACUUCGGCGUGUCCGCAGCCCUCACUGUGAUGAUGCCUUACUACUUGCUGGACAAGAACAGCCCUCUGCCGGUGGCCUUUAAGUAUGUGGGCUGGGAGGGAGCCACUUAUGCAGUAGCCCUUGGAUCUUUAUGUGCCUUGUCGACCAGUUUACUAGGCUCCAUGUUCCCAAUGCCCAGAGUGAUCUGGGCCAUGGCAGAAGAUGGCCUUCUCUUCAAAAGUUUGGCUAAAAUCAGCCCACGAACCAAAACCCCUCUAACAGCUACCGUAACAUCAGGUGUUGUGGCAGCUGUGAUGGCUUUCCUGUUUGACUUGAAGGACCUGGUUGACCUCAUGUCCAUUGGAACUUUGCUGGCGUAUACUCUGGUUGCUGCCUGUGUGCUGGUCCUCAGGUACCAGCCUGAACAGCCCAGUGUGGCCUAUGAGAUGGCCAACACUCAGGAUGAACCUGAAAUUGCUGAGUCUUAUAACGAGGGGAACAUUGACAUUUUACCACAGCCAGAGGAUCGCUUCACCAUCAAGAAUCUCCUUUUACCUUCAAACACAGAGCCUUCCCCGCUGUCUGGCUUUGCUGUCAACAUUUGCACUAGUAUACUUGGUGUUUUGGUGUGCAUCUUCUGUGUUGUAGCUGUUCAAGGAGGGCAGGCACCCUGGUCAGUGUCUGUCCUCAGUAUCAUCAUGGCGAUCUGUCUGAUUCUCACCAUCAUUGUGUACAGACAGCCACAGAGCAAGGCAAAGCUUGCCUUCAAGGUUCCACUGCUGCCUUUUGUCCCAGUCAUUAGUAUGUUUGUCAAUGUGUACCUGAUGAUGCAGCUCGACAGAGGAACCUGGCUGCGCUUUGCCAUCUGGAUGGUCUUAGGUUUCAUUAUCUACUUUAGCUAUGGCAUUCGAAAUAGUGCGGAGGCCGUGUUGACCAGAUCUGACACCUACACACCAGCCUGCACAAUAAAAGGCGAGCCCAUGACCACAGAGAAGGAAGCCUUCCUACACAACACACAGAAUCCCACCGGAGACGACGACGAAGAUUCCUGAGGAAACGAGAGGUUCGCUAAUCCCCUCUGGUUCUGUGUAUCAAACAAUGACGUGAUAAAUUCUCAGAAAUAGCUGCAAAUCCAAGAGACAUAUGGAGACUUAUAUGCACCCCUUCACUCAGAAUGUUGAUUUGUUGCCUAGUUCCAUCCAAAAAUAUUGCUUGAUGGCUGAAAAGACAAGAAAAAAAGACAUAAUGAAUCUCCAGAUGUCUCAAAACCAAGAUUUUUGUUCAGAAAACUUUUUAUUUUCUGGAUAAAAAGUAAUUUUUGUAUGUUUCACAAUUUGAUAUUUCACUAAAAACAAAUGAAACUGUGGAUAGGCACGUUUUUUCAAGAAAUGUCCAGUAUGUACAGUACAUAUAUACCUUUUUUAAAACUUUAUUUUGGUUCCUUUAGCCACAGUAUAUUAAAAUUAAAAGCCCCGUUCUUUUUUUUUUUUUUUUAAGUUUUUUUUUUUUUUUUGUAAUAACAUAUUAGAAGUUCAGCAUUUGUUACUGCUUUCCUUGCUUGAAAUUACUCAACAUUUAUAUAUGUUGGCCGUUUACAGAAAAGACGUUACGAACUACAAAAGCUGUUUAAUGAAAUGAGGCUCAUCUUUUGUUUUGACAAAUUUGCUUGCAUUUGGCAGAUGUCCUGGUGAGUGUUUGCCACUCGUCUUGCUGCAUUAGUAGGCACAGUGCUGGCUACUGUGUCCAAAUCCCAUGAAAGAUUAUUUUAAAAUCCAUAUCCUUUAUUUCACACUAUUAUUAAUUGCAUUAAUUAAGAAUCAGAAAAUAAUAAUCCCCAAACAACUGGGAAUUUCACUUGAGUGGCUUUUGUGAAGCAUCACAUAGUUCUAUGUUUGCUUCAAAGGUACAGCUUUGUGCAUGCACGCAUUGUUUCUUUGUGUAGAAACAAUGCAUUUUGUUACUGAGGAAAGGUAUAGAAAGCAAAAACCUCUGUGCCUAUUUUAUACAUUACCUCUGUAGCUCUGAGAAACACAGCAGAGUUCUCUAAAAAAAAAUCCACUAGACUAAUUUGUGAAAAGGUUAACGCUACAUGGAUUUGUCUUCUAGCUGAUUUAGGGUUUCCUCACGGCAAACAUUUACCAUAGAUACACCACAACACAAACACCAGUGUUGUCUCCAUCAGGGAAUUGCACUUUUUUAACUAGCCAAAGAAAAAAAAAGCUGCUAAUGUGAACGUUUUUAACAGAUACUUCACAGGAUGUAUUUUAAGUGCCUAUUUCCCAAAUGAAUGUUAAGCCUGUAGAGAUAUAUUUCUUGACAACCAGCUACAGUUGUGAAAUAUAUAUAUACUGUAUUGUCUGUAUAUAAUGUACACUUUGGGUUUUGAAAAGUAUGUAUUUAAUAUAUAUAUAAGAGAAAUUUCGCACGGUGUGCCAUUUUCACUUUUUAGUUUGCAUACAUCUGAAUGGGAUGAAGCACAAUCAGUUGAUGAAACUGAACAUCAGUUUCCGAAGCGACACUCACUCACUUUUUUUUUUUUACUCGCUUUUAUUUUGAAAAACCAAAAACUCAUACUGUGUAUUCAGAAGCAUAUUGCACCAACAGUAACAGUAUACCUCAAGCAGUAAUACAUCUGAAAAUGCCUCUGUCAGUCAGAUGUUUCUUUACUGAUCGUGGAAAUAAGAGCUGAUUGUGAGUGUGUGCAGAUUCCCAGGGCAGCUAAAAUCUGAAUGCAACAUAUCGAGGUUAUGUGUGUUUACUAAAGACUAAAAAUGCAGCAAGGUGAAAAAUCUCUUCACCGAGUCCCGUUUUAAAUGAACACUAUGAUACAUUGCUUUUGUCACUAUUUGUGUUCCACUGAGAGAAACUAUUGAUGUAACCUGAAGCCAAAUUCUGUUAGAUUUAAUUGGAUUAUAUGUUAAAGCAACGUUGCUAUUUAUUGACAGAGUUGCUGUGUAUUUUUCUAAUAAUAGCACUGAAGUUUAAAAUAGUAGAUAGCUUUGUAAAUAAACUUUGUUGCAUUGGGGUAUUGGAUAUUGUCAAAUAAUAUUAAACUUAAGAUAAAAUCACAAGCAUUAUUACCUGAAAUGCUAAUUUCCAACAUUUUGUUUUGGGUUUGUUGAUGUAAAUACAUUUUUGCUUAAACGUUACUUCCCAUAUACAACUUUAACUUGUCUGUCUGUAACCAUAUCACCCAACAGCUUUUAUCUAUAAAAUCUUUUACUGCAAACAUGUAAAAUAGAUAACACUGAUACAAACUGUGCCAACAAUAUUGUAGCUGUUAACAGUAAAAUGAUGUAUUUGUUUGAAAGAACCAAGCAGAGUGAUUGAUGAGGUGAAUGUCAUCUCCCUUUUGAGUUAUUUUAACUUACAUUGAUUGUUUCAUGAUUCAUGUAAACAUUUGCAUGCUGAACUUAAGUAUUUAAAGUAUAAAUAUUAUAGUACUGCUAAGUUAUAAACACUAUCAGAGCAGUGAAGGUCAGCUGUUCAGCAUAUAUUGUCUUCUCCCAUUGGUUGCAGUUUGUAUUGCUCCUCCUGUAAAUAAAUGAAAGUCGAAGCCACAGACUUUGUCUUUGAUUGUUUUGAGACACCAGCAUGUUUCAUAAAUGGUUUUCAUUGUGUAACUGUUUUCUGUAUUAUUCCGUUUUUUCCCCCAUUUUUCAUUGUGUUCAGACAAAUUCUUAUUUAUUAAUGAUGUAAUUAAUUAUUGAUGAAUUCAUGAAAAUAGCCUUGAAAUGUGUUAAAAUAUGGUUUGGACAGACUAAAAAU